ACGUGGUCGACGCAUUGUCAACGCCGUGUAUUGUGGUAGUGAGAAUGUCAAACAAGGUGUUUUGUUUAGCAAUUAAUGUUUAGCCUGUGCGUAAUGUUUCUUCUUUGUAUACUAGUAAUGAGUUCGCUAUAAGCACUCAUCGUCAUAUAAUUUGUUUCGAAGGCUUGUAAUUGAUUCAGUGCGGUGCCGACAACAGCAGACGACGACAUGGAAAGAAGAAGAUUUCGAUGAUGAUUACAAUCCUAGUAAAGAAACGAGGGAGAUGAUUUGAUUACAAAAGAAUAGAAUUGCAGGAACAUGUGGUUAUUGUUGUUGUUCGUAGGGUUCAUAUCGUUAGUGGCCGGCAUAUGCAUCACCCUUAGUGUUCAGUGGUAUAUUUUUCGUAGAUAUUUACAAACUCUUCCUUACGUCGGACCUCCGGAGACAACAGAAGCAGAUCCUUUUAGACUUCCACAGGAUUUGGAGGAACUACUGAAACAAGAUGACACAUUCAAGAAAGAAAACUGUGCUGCUCUUAAUUUGCUAUUCCAGUUCCUAUUCAAAGAGCUUAGGCACACAAAGGAGGUUCAAAAAUGGUUUCUGCGGAAGCUGAGCCUUGAGUUUGAAGAGUUGUUAACAAGGACAACAACUGGAAAACUUUUUGACAGUAUAACAAUUAGAGAUAUCCAUCUUGGCACACAUUUUCCAGAAGUGAAGAGUAUUUUGGUAAAGGAUGUUGUGCUUGAUGAAGUCAAUAAGUACCUUGACACAUUGGAAUUGUGCUUAGAUCUUGAAUAUUCUGGUGGAUUUCAGUUAUCUAUUGAUGCCAAUAUGGUGCUUGGCAAAGCAGCUUAUGUGUCAGUUAAAGUAAAUCGUCUCAUUGGACAAGCACAGCUGCAGUUCACACGUUUGCCCUAUACACAUUGGUCUUUCAGUUUCUACAGUGAACCUCUCCUAGAACUUCAGGUGGAAUCACAGCUGCAGGGUCGUCCCUUGCCUCACAUAAGUUCAAUUAUCAUUAACCAGAUACGCAAGGCUGUCAGGAAGAAACAUACACUUCCUCAUUACAAGAUACGACACAAACCUUUUUUUGUAAAAUUAGUUCCAGAAGAAGAUGGAGGGACUCCAAAUGUACUUCCUGGAAAAUUACGGGUCACAGUUCAGGAAAUCACAAGAUUAACGCAGACACCACCUUGUGACAGUGUUUAUUGUUCAGUGGCUGUAGAUGCAUUCGCUUGGGUGGAGAUGGUACGAACUCAAAAUUCACACUAUGUAUCUUUGGAGCUGAGUAUUGAACAUCGUGGUACACAACCAUUAGGAUUAAUAUUUCGACAAGAAUUUGUUGCUGACCGUUAUCAAGCAUGUAUCGUGGUGGAUACAGUAACAUCCAUGUCACCAGCUGCUGCUGCAGAUGUUAAGCCUGGUGAUGUGCUUGUUGCUAUUGAGGGAAAAAAAGUAACUUCUCUCUCUCAAGUAGCUCGCCUGCUGAAAGCAGCUGGUGAGAAAAUAACCCUGAGAGUGGAACGCAGAGUUUGGCUGCAAGAUCAGGAACUGGAUACAUUAAAACUUCCAGACCAGCGCAAGAACAGUGAAGGUCUGCGUCAUCGGAAGCUGUCUGAGCAGAGUGAUAGCAGUGUGUCAAAUCCUGCUUCGGUACCAGGUUCGCCUGCAAAGACAACAGAUUAUUCCCGACAGCCAAGUCCUGUACACGGUCAGAAGUUACUUCUGGAUUCUAUUAUGGAUGGAGGAACAUCUGUUGAUUCGUUGCAGAUACAUAAGACAAGAGAACUACCCUUCAGCAAGGUCCUUGCAUUUAGUGAAACAGUUGAAUUCACUAUCACUGAAAGACAUCAGUAUCUGAACAUUAGUGUUUGGGGGAAGGGAAUCAGUCAGACAGCACUAUUGGGCCAUGUAAGUGUUCCACUUGAAUCUGUGAUUACAGCUUCAAAACAACGUCACCAUUCUAGGAUGUGUGCCUUGCUUCCACCUGAUCCACAUACUGCUAUGAGCCGAAGUCACAAGCUGUCAUCUCACUCUGGUUUUGAGCCCUGCCUCUGCUUUGGGGAUAUAUUGCUGUCAUUUAAAUUUACAAGUGGUGGAGAAGCGCCCAUGUCUACCACCGUCAAGUUGCAGCAAAGUGCCACACGUUCAUUACCUGCAGAGGAGGGCCACAAACAGCAUGACUUUGUGAGGACACAGUUCCACCGCACCACACAGUGCGAGUUUUGUGGCAAGAAGAUAUGGUUGAAAGAUGCAGUUCAGUGUCGUAGCUGUGAUAUGACGUGUCACAAGAAAUGUGUGGUCAAAUGUCAGGUGAGCACUCUGUGUGAAGGUUCUCAGAAAACACCUACAGGGAACACAUCCCUGCAAAGAAGCCCAUCACCAACUCCACGACGAGCAUCUGUUCUGCCUGAGAUCAUUACCAGUGUUGCUGAUGGUGACAACAGUGAGGUUUCCAUGACUGACAGCUUAUCUGGUCUUCCACAACUUUUACUGGAUGGUGGUGAUGAAGUUUCCUCCACAUUCAGUCACCUCCUGCAGCAGCCUAGUCAUCAGGAUCCUAUGGCUGUGGCAAAAUCUACCGGGAAAGACUUGUACUCAGAUUUACCAAUAGCAGAACGCAAAGAAAAAAUUAACAAGUUGAUUGGGAAGCUGAAAGCUGCGAUAGAUGCUGAAACACAAUCGCGUAUACUGCUGACUAAGGAGAGUAAUGAAUCUAAAGAUCCUGUCUCUCAAGCCAGAGCUGAAUACCUAAUAAGCAAAUCAGAUGAAAAAGUACAAGAAUUAGCAGUCCUGAUGUUACACUGUUGUGCUGGCCUCCAGCAUGUACAGGAUCAGGAAGAUUUAGCAUCCAAGAGCAGCUAGUUUAACAUCAUUACUACUGGUUAUCAUCUGAUCAGAAUUACUUCAGUUUGUGUGUGUGUGUGUGUGUGUGUGUGUGUGUGUGUGUGUGUGUGUUUUACUUGCACGAAGAGAUGUUCUUGUGUGUGGGGAAGGACAUGGGACACAGAAUUCUCAAGUAAACUUGUAAACAGAUUUUAAAUUUUGUUCAGCAGAAAGAACUGUGGAAAGCUUCUGCAGUUUGUGAAGAUAUAUAAGAUGUCUAGCAACCUUCCUUCCUUCCCACUGUACUGAAAAUAUUUGUGCUGAACCAGAAAAGUAGCUCUGAUGUUAUUACACACCAGUUUUGUACUAAUUCCAUUUUAUAAUGAUGGAGUAAUUAUUGAUAGAAUUUACUGUUCACAUGUGUAUGUGUGAGUAAAUGGAAAGCAUUCAGCAUACUUUUGUAGCCUUGACUGUUUUUCAUACUUUUUUGUGAAAAUGUGGGAAUGUUGAUUAUUGGGCUACUUGGAGUUUCAUUGUUAUUGCACAUAUAUAAUGCGUGGAAGUAUUUUAGAUAGAAGAAAUUUUCAGUCCAUAUGUAUGAAAUGUUCAUGAAUAUUUAAGUAUAUUUUAUUUAUUUAAACUUAAUUAAGAGUAUAAGCUGCUAUAAAGUAAUUUAUUUUCAUAUGGAACCGACUUUGUAUAAAAAACCAUAAACAUUGCAUAUGCCAGCAAUAAUUUUGUAUUGUGUGCCAGAACUGUAAAAUUUCCUGAUAUUGAAAUGAGAAAUAGUGUCAGAAAUAAUAUUAGUAAUUUUAAUAUUCUGAAUGAGAUUUACACAUGGCAGUAAUUACUUGCUUUUUUACCACUUGUUGUAUGGGGUGUAGCAGUUUUUUAAUCUGUGAGUCAACUAAGUUGACAGAUAAAACAAAUAUAAGCAAUGAUUGCCUGCUACAGGCUUACAUUUAAAAGAAUACCCAUUGCCAUCCUAUCCAUUUGUGAACUGCAAAAAUUUGACAACUUGUAAAUUAUUUGAUAGUUUUGCUUUAUUGAUCCAUUUCAUCUUAGAAUUGUAGCAUUAAAAUUCCUAAAAAUGAAGUUUUAGAUAAUUUUCAUGAAAAUAUGUUCGAAAAUUGGUCUUCUGUGCUUAACUAUAAAUUUGUAUUCUUUUAAGUACUGCCACUUUUUGUACUGAAAUGAAAGAUGUUUAGUUUUCUAUGUUUGAUUAUAAAGUGACAUGUUAUUUCUUUUUUGUGAUGACUUUGUUCUCUUUGUUUAGUUUUCAAAAAUCCUUUCUUUUUGCGAAUACUUUAUGAAGGGAAAAAUGUACAAGAAAGCUUAAGAAAUUAUUGAUAUUUAACUUUUCAUGAUGUGACAGUGCAAGUGUAAAUUAGUUCGUUAGAUAUAAUUAAUCUUCCAGUUGAUACAUUCUUGAACAGUUAUACUUUAAAAUUCAGUGGUAUAGGUACUUAUUUAUUAUUUAUUAUGUAUGGUGCUGAUAGUCUUUUUGUUUGGAAAUUACUUAUUUACCAUAGGAGACAAGUUUGUGCUUUUGUAAGAUCCAAUGCAUGGUAAUGGGAAAGAAAUGUCAGUAUCUCAUUAGCCAUUCUAGUAGGUAGCAUCAGGUGCUUUGUGUAAUCUGCAUGUUUUGGAUAUCAACCAGUACUUGGUGUUCAUAAAGACUUCUGAAUAUUCAGGAUUUUUAUAUACAGAAGGAACUGCAUUAAUUUGAGUUUCUUUUCACCGGAUAUUUAUUUACUACACAAAUUAAUAAAGUCAGGAUUAGAACACAACAGUCACUCAGUUAUGUAGCAAGAAACACCAAUUGUUCUGGAUGCUCAUUAGUUUUCCAUAGUUAGUGAUUACUCUCGCUACACACUUGCUGUAGUAGUUUAAGUUCCUCAUCUUUAAAGGUUAACUACAACUGUGAAGUAAAACUGCUUUUAAUGUUAAUUCUGUAGUUUGUAAUGUGGCUUCAUUAACAAAUUUUUGUGCACUGAAAGGGGUAAAUGGUUCUUGCAACUGUUUAUAGUAUGGCAUAAAUGUAAGCAUAUGAUGUCUUCCAUGGGGGUCAUAUGUAGGUUUUAGGUAUUGCUUUCUAAUGCAGUAUAAAUAGAGAUAAUACUGUGUUAGUAUUUAGUUAAGGGUGCUAGUCAAAUUCUGUCAGUUUUAGUAAAACAAUUCCCUCCAUAGUUACUCUAAGGGAACUCAGUAUUACUCUGUAGAUAGAUGGUACCAGUCAUGAAUUUUUCAAGAAACUCUGCUAAAUCUCGAUCUGGUAAUAUUUCAUGUAGCAAAUUGUCAUUUUAUUUAUUUGUGUGUAUUUACAUCUGAACAUCUCUCUAAUGCUUUCAAUAUUUUGCUUUAUGUAUUUAGAAAAGAAAUAUAUUACAUGUUUACUGGUAGUUACUUAAUGAACCAGCAGAGGUAGCAGUAAUGUCUUUCUCUAUAUCCAUCUGAAAGGCAUGUUGUCAAUAUUAGCAUGCUAAUUAUUAAUUUUCCAUGUAAUUUCAUUUUGGAAAAUGUAAACGUGUGACCUCAACACUUUAACACAACACCAAGAAAUGAGUGCGCAAUAAACAUAAUCACUUUCAUAAAAA